GCUCUGGCAUGGUGGUGGGUGAAUGAGUGACUCCCACCGACUGUGGCAUGGAGCUUACCCUGCUGGGGGUCCCGGGGCAGAAAAAGAGCUUGCAGCCUGGGCCAGGGGCCUCUUACUUGGCACUCCCCAUCUCUCCUCAGGCUCUUUCCCGGAGCGCAGCCGCCGGCCAUGCCCACUGUCUGCCUCCUCCCGCUGCUCCUCCUUGCCAUGGGGGGGGCCUUGGGUGGCAGCAGGCCCUUCACUGCCUUCUCAGUGACAGACACCACACUCACCCACCUGGCUGUGCACCGGGUGACCGGGGAGGUAUUUGUGGGGGCAGUAAACCGAGUCUUCAAGCUGGCCCCCAACCUGACUGAGCUGCGGGCCCACGUCACGGGGCCCGUGGAGGACAAUGCUCGCUGCUACCCACCGCCCAGUAUGCGUGUGUGCACCCACCGCCUGGCACCCGUGGACAACGUGAACAAGCUGCUUCUCAUAGACUACGCUGCCCGCCGCUUGGUGGCCUGCGGCAGCAUCUGGCAAGGCAUCUGCCAGUUUCUGCGCCUGGAUGACCUCUUCAAGCUGGGCGAGCCCCACCACCGCAAAGAGCACUACCUCUCGGGGGCCCAGGAGCCCGACUCCAUGGCCGGGGUCAUCGUGGAGCAGGGUCAGGGGCCCAGCAAGCUGUUUGUGGGCACCGCCGUGGACGGCAAGUCUGAGUACUUCCCCACCCUGAGCUCCCGCAAGCUCAUCAGUGACGAGGACAGUGCCGACAUGUUUAGUCUGGUGUACCAGGAUGAGUUUGUCUCCUCGCAGAUCAAGAUCCCCUCGGACACCCUGUCCUUGUACCCCGCCUUUGACAUCUAUUACAUCUACGGCUUCGUGAGCGCCUCCUUCGUGUACUUCCUGACGCUGCAGCUGGACACCCAGCAGACACUGCUGGACACAGCAGGCGAGAAAUUCUUCACGUCCAAGAUCGUGCGCAUGUGCGCCGGGGACUCGGAGUUCUACUCCUACGUGGAGUUUCCCAUCGGCUGCUCCUGGCGCGGCGUGGAGUACCGCUUGGUGCAGAGUGCGCACCUGGCCAAGCCCGGCCUGCUGCUGGCCCAGGCCCUGGGUGUGCCGGCUGACGAGGACGUCCUCUUCACCAUCUUCUCACAGGGCCAGAAGAACCGGGCCAGCCCGCCCCGGCAGACCGUGCUCUGCCUCUUCACCCUCAGCACCAUCAAUGCUCACAUCCGGCGCCGCAUCCAGUCAUGCUAUCGGGGGGAGGGCACCCUGGCCCUGCCCUGGCUGCUCAACAAGGAGCUGCCCUGCAUCAACACUCCCAUGCAGAUAAAUGGGAACUUCUGCGGGCUAGUGUUGAACCAGCCGCUGGGCGGCCUGCAUGUGAUCGAGGGGCUGCCCUUGCUGGCGGACAGCACUGAUGGCAUGGCUAGUGUGGCCGCCUACACCUACCACCAGCAUUCCGUGGUCUUCAUCGGCACACGCAGCGGCAGUCUGAAGAAGGUCCGAGUUGAUGGCUCCCAGGACGCCCACCUGUAUGAGACAGUGCCCGUGGUGGACGGCAGCCCCAUACUACGAGACCUGCUCUUCAGCCCCGACCACCAGCACAUCUACCUCCUGAGUGAGAAGCAGGUGAGCCAGCUCCCAGUGGAGACGUGUGAGCAGUACUCGAGCUGCGCGGCCUGCCUGGGCUCCAGGGACCCGCACUGUGGCUGGUGUGUGCUGCAGCACAGAUGCUGUCGAGAAGGGGCCUGUCCGGGCGCCUCAGCCCCGUAUGGCUUUGCGGAAGAGCUGAGCAAGUGUGUCCAGGUGCGGGUCCGGCCCAACAACGUGUCAGUGACAUCGCCCGGGGUGCAGCUGACUGUGGCCAUACGUAAUGUGCCAGACCUCAGCGCAGGCGUGAGCUGUGCCUUCGAGGAGGUGGCGGAGAACGAGGCCGUCCUGCUGCCCUCCGGGGAGUUGCGCUGCCCCUCGCCCUCUCUCCAGGAGCUCCGGGCUCUCACCAGGGGACAUGGGGCCACGCGCACUGUGCGGCUGCAGCUGCUCUCCAAGGAGACAGGUGUGCGGUUCGCCGGGACCGACUUUGUCUUUUACAACUGCAGCUUCCAUCAGUCGUGCAUGUCCUGCGUUGGCAGCCCUUACCCCUGCCACUGGUGUAAGUACCGCCACGUGUGUACCAGCCACCCCCACGAGUGCUCCUUCCAGGAGGGCAGGGUCCACAGCCCCGAGGGCUGCCCUGAGAUCCUGCCCAGCGGGGACCUCCUGAUCCCAGUGGGUGUCAUGCAACCCCUUACCCUGCGGGCCAAGAACCUGCCGCAGCCGCAGUCAGGCCAGAAGAACUACGAGUGCGUGGUCCGGGUCCAGGGGCGGCAGCAGCGUGUGCCUGCUGUGCGCUUCAACAGCAGCAGCGUGCAGUGCCAGAACACCCAGUACUCCUAUGAAGGUGACGAGUAUGGUGACACUGAGCUGGACUUCUCUGUGGUCUGGGAUGGAGAUUUCCCUAUCGACAAGCCUGCCACCUUCCGAGCUAUCCUGUAUAAAUGCUGGGCACAGCGACCCAGCUGCGGCCUCUGCCUCAAGGCCGACCCCCGCUUCAACUGUGGCUGGUGCAUCUCGGAGCACAGGUGCCAGCUGCGUGCCCACUGUCUGGCCCCCAAGACCAACUGGAUGCACCCGAGCCAGAAGGGUACCCGCUGUAGCCACCCCCGCAUCACCCAGAUUCACCCACUCAUGGGGCCCAAGGAGGGAGGCACCCGAGUCACCAUCGAGGGUGAGAACCUAGGCCUCACCUACCGAGAGGUAGGCCUUCGGGUGGCCGGCGUGCGUUGCAAUUCCAUUCCCGCUGAGUACAUCAGCGCCGAGAGGAUCGUGUGUGAGAUGGAGGAGUCGCUGGUGCCCAGCCCACCGCCGGGGCCCGUGGAACUGUGUGUAGGCGACUGUUCUGCCGACUUCCGCACGCAAUCAGAGCAGCUCUACAGCUUUGUGACCCCGACAUUCGACCGUGUGCGUCCCAGUCGGGGCCCAGCUUCUGGGGGCACGAGGCUCACCAUCUCUGGAAGUUCUCUAGAUGCCGGCAGCACGGUCACAGUGAUCGUGAGAGAUGGCGAGUGCCAGUUUGUGAGGAGGGAUGCCGAAGCAAUCGUGUGUAUCUCGCCCGUUUCCACCCUGGGCCCCAGCCAGGCCCCCAUCACCCUGGCCAUUGACCGUGCUAACAUCUCCAGCCCCGGAGUUCUCUACACCUACACCCAGGACCCUACUGUCACUCGCCUUGAGCCCACCUGGAGUAUAAUCAACGGAAGCACUGCCAUCACUGUCAGUGGAACCCACCUGCUGACAGUCCAAGAGCCCCGGGUCCGGGCCAAGUACCGAGGCAUCGAGACCACCAAUACGUGCCAGGUUAUCAACGACACUGCCAUGCUGUGUAAGGCCCCUGGCAUCUUCCCGGGGCGGCCCCAGCCACGGGCCCAAGGCGAGCACCCUGAUGAGUUUGGUUUCCUGCUGGACCAUGUGCAGACAGCCCGCUCCCUCAACCGGUCCUCCUUCACCUACUACCCUGACCCCAGCUUUGAGCCACUUGGGCCCUCCGGCGUCCUGGAUGUCAAACCUGGCUCCCACGUGGUGUUGAAGGGCAAGAAUCUGAUCCCCGCGGCAGCAGGCAGCUCCCGCCUCAACUACACCGUGCUGAUUGGGGGCCAGCCAUGUGCACUCACCGUCUCGGACACGCAACUCCUGUGUGACUCACCCAGCCAGACGGGCCGGCAGCCUGUCAUGGUGGGUGGGGCGCCGGCCUCCUCUUGCUCUGCUCACUCUUCCUCCCUGCUCCUCCCAGCCUUUGCUGAGCUGCAGACAGACAUCAACGAGCUGACGAACCACAUGGACGUGGUGCAGAUCCCGUUCCUGGACUACCGGACCUAUGCCGUGCGCGUGCUCUUCCCAGGCAUCGAGGCCCACCCGGUGCUCAAGGAGCUGGAUACGCCCCCUAAUGUCGAGAAGGCUCUGCGCCUGUUCGGGCAGCUGCUGCACAGCCGCGCCUUCGUGCUCACCUUCAUUCACACAUUGGAGGCCCAGAGUAGCUUCUCUAUGCGGGACCGCGGCACCGUGGCUUCGCUCACCAUGGUGGCCCUCCAGAGCCGCCUCGAUUACGCCACAGGGCUGCUCAAGCAACUGCUGGCAGACCUCAUCGAGAAAAACCUUGAGAGCAAGAACCAUCCAAAGCUGUUGCUGCGCAGGACGGAGUCAGUGGCUGAGAAGAUGCUUACCAACUGGUUCACGUUCCUGCUGCAUAAGUUUCUGAAGGAGUGCGCGGGGGAACCGCUCUUCCUGCUCUACUGCGCCAUCAAGCAGCAGAUGGAGAAGGGCCCCAUCGACGCCAUCACGGGCGAGGCGCGCUACUCCCUGAGUGAAGAUAAACUCAUUCGGCAGCAGAUUGACUACAAGACGCUGACCCUGUACUGCGUGUGCCCGGAGAGUGAGGGCAGCGCUCAGGUCCCCGUGAAGGUUCUCAACUGUGACAGCAUCACCCAGGCCAAAGACAAGCUGCUAGAUGCCGUGUACAAGGGCAUCCCCUACUCCCAGCGUCCCAAGGCCGAGGACAUGGACCUGGAGUGGCGCCAGGGCCGCAUGGCCCGCAUCAUCCUCCAGGAUGAGGAUGUCACCACCAAGAUCGAGUGUGACUGGAAGAGGGUCAACUCGCUGGCCCACUACCAGGUGACAGAUGGCUCCUUGGUGGCACUGGUGCCCAAACAAGUGUCCGCCUAUAACAUGGCCAACUCCUUCACCUUCACCCGCUCCCUCAGCCGCUACGAGAGCCUGCUUCGCACGGCCAGCAGCCCCGACAGCCUCCGCUCUCGUGCGCCCAUGAUCACGCCUGACCAGGAGACGGGCACCAAGCUGUGGCACCUGGUGAAGAACCACGACCACGCCGACCACCGCGAGGGGGACCGUGGCAGCAAGAUGGUCUCCGAGAUCUACCUGACGCGGCUACUGGCCACCAAGGGCACGCUGCAGAAGUUUGUGGAUGACCUCUUUGAGACGGUGUUCAGCACGGCGCACCGGGGCUCGGCCCUGCCCCUGGCCAUCAAGUACAUGUUCGACUUCCUCGAUGAGCAGGCCGACCAGCGCCAGAUCAGUGACCCUGACGUACGCCACACCUGGAAGAGCAACUGCCUGCCCCUGCGCUUCUGGGUGAAUGUGAUCAAGAAUCCGCAGUUUGUGUUCGACAUCCACAAGAGCAGCAUCACGGACGCCUGCUUGUCAGUGGUGGCCCAGACCUUCAUGGACUCCUGUUCCACGUCCGAGCACCGCCUGGGCAAGGACUCACCCUCCAAUAAGCUGCUCUAUGCCAAGGACAUCCCGAACUACAAGAGUUGGGUGGAGAGGUACUACCGGGACAUUGCCAAGAUGGCAUCCAUCAGUGACCAGGACAUGGACGCCUACCUGGUGGAGCAGUCCCGCCUCCAUGCCAGCGACUUCAGUGUCCUAAGCGCGCUCAGUGAGCUCUACUUCUAUGUCACCAAGUACCACCAGGAGGUUCUCACCGCCCUGGACAGAGACGCCUCGUGUCGGAAGCAUAAGCUGCGCCAGAAGCUGGAGCAGAUCAUCAGCCUCAUGUCCAGCAACAGCUAAGGAUGGCGGAGCCGGUGAGGAGGGGGCUUCCCGGUCCUGGGUCGUCGUCCUGUCGAGAGGGGGGGCUCACGCCUGGGGCUCAGGGCUGAGCCCGGGAUUGGGUGGCGCAGGCCAGGUCAGCGGGCCAAUAUGCCCCCGAACCCCCUUCAUUAGUGCCUUGCUUUGGGCCCUGCAGGCGGGGAGGGGGUGACAGGACCUAGCCCCCCACCCCAGCAGCAGCAAUACCCCCAGCCUCCUGCCCUU